AUGAUGAGUUUACUACUUGAAUCGUUCCCCAUUAGUGUUACCAAUUGGUGGUACGAUAUCAACAAGUCCAUUCAAUGGCAACAUGGAAUUUUCUUCACUCUUUGUGCUUUGUAUUCUCUUGUUUCGUUUAUCGCACUAAUUCAAGUGAUAAGGAUCCAUAUAAGGAUACCUUUAUAUGGUUGGUCAACACAAAAAGUGUUUCAUAUGAUGAAUUUUGUUGCGAAUGGUGUUGGUGCAAUCGUUUUUGGUUUACAUAACAAUUUUUUUAUGUUACGUUCAAACGUGCUUAUGAAUCGCGCGAUUUUGGACCUACAAGGGUUGGUUUUCUUUACAACAUUCACACACCUUGUGUGGUUUUGGGCUGAUGUGUAUUACAAAAUUCGAAGUUUUCCAACGAGUAAGCUCAAAUUUUGGUAUAUUUUGAUAAAUUGUGUGAUAUACUUGAUUCUGGGUUGUAUAUGGAUUUGUAUCGGGAUGAGUACUAGUUACACCGUAGUACUAGUGAAAUUGUUGUUCAUUAGGAAGAUAUUUGUAGCAGUCAUACCGUUUAUUGCAAUUUUGGGCGUUUUAAUCUAUGGUGGGAGAUUAUUUAUCACGGUACGGCGAUAUUGUGAUGAAUGGAGAGGUGGAAAAAAGAAGCUUAUUGAGCAUGGAUAUGUGAGUAGUCUAUGUUUCACGUGUUUCUCUAUUAGAUGUUUUGUGGCUGUGUUAUCUUGUUUUCAUCGUGAUUUGGAUCAUCCUGUGUUGAAAAUGAUAUAUUAUAUGGUCGUAGAGAUUCUUCCAUCAGCUCUUUUCAUAUACAUUCUGCAAAAAUUGCCUCGAAGAAGAGUAUGUGCACAAUACCAUCAAAUCAUUUAG